ACCCUACCUACCCUGAUGACGUCACCAGUCACUUCCGGUUAGAGUCGAAGUACGGAAGAGACUGCACGUAAACUUUCCCAUAAGAUUCAUUUUUUUUAGGUCGCUUCUAUUCGCAAGCGCGAUCUUCAUAAAGUAUGGCGUAUCCAGGAUAUAACAAUUUUGGUGGUCCACCAAUGCCAGGAGUUCCUGCUCAGGGCAUGGCAAUGCCAGGGGUUCCUGCUGCAGGUGGUUACCCAGCACAGCCAUAUGGGGGUUACCCUGGGGCAUUUCCUGCUCAGGACCCAAUGUGGGGCUAUUUCACAGCAAUAGCUGGUCAGGACGGUGAAGUUGAUGCUGAAGAACUUCAAAGGUGCCUCACCCAGACUGGAUUCAGUGGCACUUACACUCCCUUCAGUUUGGAAACCUGCAGGAUUAUGAUUGCCAUGCUGGAUAGAGAUCACACUGGAAAGAUGGGUUUCAAUGAGUUUAAAGAACUCUUUGCGGUGCUAAAUGGCUGGAAGCAGAACUUCGUAAUGGUGGACAGGGACUGCAGUGGAACGGUGGAACCUCAUGAGAUGUCUCAGUGCAUUGCUAACAUGGGCUUCCGAAUCAGCCCUCAAGCUCUGAACGCAAUCAUCAAACGCUACAGCAGGUCAGGAAAGAUCUACUUUGAUGACUAUGUGGCCUGUUGUGUGAAGCUAAGGGCACUUACAGACAACUUCAGGAGGAGAGAUACAAUGCAGCAAGGAAUGGUGAACUUCCAGUAUGAUGAUUUCAUCUUGUGUACUAUGUCUCUCUAAAGGAAGUUACAGACAAGUACAGUAUGCACUCCAGGAAGAGCACUGAAUCACUAAAAGUCCAGUGAAAUAUAUAUAAAGUACUACAUAUGUUAUGGGCAUUUUGAAAUUAUUUGCUGAUUUGCCAGUAUGAUGUGUAAUAUGUGAACAUAGGAGUAAAACAUAUAUUUACUCAAAACAGCUUUCAAUAUUUGUGCCAAAGUAGACAGCUGUUUUUUUUUUAACAAUCUUUUUCAUAUUCACUCUUUAUAACGUCAUUGUAUUAAGUUAAAAUGUAACCACACUUAACAUAUAUUUUGCCAAUAAAACAUGGUGUAUCUAAA